CCAGCGCUGACUUCACCUGCUGCAGGUGUGGAAGUGAAGGAGACUCUGACAGGAAGUGAGGGAGGAAACGUCACUCUGCCUGCCUCUGUGGGAGAAUCAGGACUUCUGAUUUUUGAAAUCACAACUUUGGCUGUAGUUCAUGACCGGAAGUUAGACAUCUGGCAGGAACGUUACAGGGACAGGAUAGUGUGGAACAGAACUACUGGACUCUUUACAAUCACAGCGCUGCAGAGAGAUGACACCGGGAUCUAUACCGUUGAAUCUAACAAAGGAAACGUUUUUGUUAAGUCCUACAGUCUCACAGUGUUUGCCCCUGUAGCUGGUCCUGCAGGUAAACCUGUCAAUGAGAGCUGCUUCCUGCUGUGUUCUGUGGAUAAAGCUGCAGACGUCAAACUGCGGUGGUCCAGAGACGAGCAGAUGCAGAACCAGAUCAGCUCUACUGAGUCUCUGCUGCUCACCGUGACCCAGCAGAACCUCAGCUCCUCUUACAGAUGUGAGGCUGGAAACCCUGCAGAGAAUAAAAGCCUUCAGAUGGACGCUGAGACGUUCUGCAGCGGACUGAACCUCACAGGUGAAUUGGAGCCAAUCUGUUGUCCUGAAGACGAGGAAGGUAGAAAACCAGAAGAACCUCAGAGCUAUAACUCUGAGGUCUGGUGGUUCCUGCUUCCUCUGCUGGUGUUCAAAACAGCUGCUGUUGUUGUUUUUGUUGUCGUCAUUUUGACAAAAAUCAUCCAGAACAGCUGCACACGGGCGUAAUAAUAAUAGUAAUAAUUGUGUUAGUAAUAAGUGGUAAUAAGUAAUAAUCGUAAUAAGUGUUCAGAUGAGACGGCAGGCGUUGGUUAAACACCAAACGAUGUGAGACUUCCCAAAACUAAUCACAUCUUUGUGUGCUUAUUGUGCUUUUUUUGUUUGUUUUUUUAUAUAUGACGUGGAUUUCUACCAAACUGUGACCUAAAAAGACAGAACAGGAAAACAAGAAGAAAAAUUAAGAUGAUUCUGUGAAUCCUGAACAACCUUGUUGUGCAGUUUAACACACUGAGGGUCAGAGUUACCUCUAAACUAUUUUGCAAGUUGUGUUGAAUUUGCACAGAAUUGACAUUAAUCCACUGCUUCAUUUAAAUAUUUUAUUUUCCACCAGAUAAAUGGAAGAAACACAAUGUUUACUCUACCGAUUAGUCAAUUUUUAGCUGAAUUCUUUUGUUUUUGGACACGUUUUAUCACAAAGGCUUCAGUUCAGCUUUUACGCAAAUACACUGCCAGUCCAAAAAAAAAAAAAAAGACACAACCUGGAUUUAGCUAAUCAAAUAGUUCAGAUCCUUCCAUUGGAUAAUAACUGCAGUGAUGAAACAACUUCUUUAACUGGAGCUGAUGCAGUGAGGAGCUUCUCAUUUCUUAAAUGUUGGAAGACAUUUCCUGUGGUCAUGGAAAGGAUGUUAAUCUGUCUCAGAAGGGUCAAAUUAUUGGCCUGCAUCAAACAAAGAAAACAACCAAGAAGAUGAAACAACUAAAAUCAGGUUAAGAACCGUCCAACGCAUCAUUAAAACCUGAAGGAUAGCGGAGAACCUUCAUCUUCAGGAACAAACUCUUAGAUGAUUGUAGGAAACCAACAGUAGAACCCACAGCUGUUUAAUAGUGAAAGGAAGAACAUUUCCACAUGAAGGAAACUCAAAGGAUUGGGACUAAACAGCUGUAGCUCUAAGAAAACCACUGAUCAGUUUGCUGUGGAGCAUAAAGAUUGGACUCUGGAUCAAUGGAAGAAGGUCAUGUGGUCUGAUGAGUCCAGAUUUACCCUGUUCCAGAGUGAUGGGGGCAGAAGUUUAGGUUUGGUUUUGGUCCUGAUUUUGUGCUGGUUUGAGACUUUUUAAGGACUGGUUUCCGACUGUCUGAGGCAGGUCUUUUUUAACCCCAAGAACACCAAACCUACCAUCAAGCAUGGAGGUGGCAGUAUCAUGCGCUGUGGAAGUAAAUGGAAUAAUGAAGAAGGAGAAUUACCUCCAUGUUCUUCAGGAAAAUCUAAAACCAUCAGCAGAAGGUUGAUCUUGGACACAGUUGGAUGUUUCAACCAGACAAUGAGUCCAAACACACAUCAGACGUGGUAAAGAAAUGGUUCCAUCAGGAUGGAAUGAAGGUUCUAGACUGGUCUCCACAAAGUCCUGACUUAGGACCGAUUAAGAACCUGAAGAACCAAGUCAGAGUCAGAAAGACGGCAUGUUUCAAUUCUGGUGCUGUUCCACUACAUGUCUUCUUUCUGACUCAGAAUUGUGUCAGGAAAGAAAGUGGCAGUAUCAUUGUGCUUUGUCAUCUUUCUGACUCAGACCUGAGUCUGUUAAAUUGAUAGUAUGAUGACUAUGUCAGGAUUCAUGGGGUUCACAUUGUAAAUGAUUGGAUCAGGGAGAUGAGAUGGAUCAGACCUCAGCCCCACGAAGAACCUUUGGGAUGUUCUGGAGAAGACUUUGUCCGACUCUCCCAUCAUCAAUAGAAGAUCUUGGUAAAAAAGGAAUCCAUCUCGAGACAGAUGCCCCCCGGUCAGACGUUACGGGGCGGAACGAAUAUUCGGAAAUUCGUCUUUAAUAGGGCCCGAAUAUUCGGAGGCCAGAAACCACUAUUUGGGCCAGCCCUAGACACCACAGUGGAUGUGUGUCGUUCUCAGAGCUUAAGGCAGUCCACUGACAUAUCAGUGCUUGACUUUUUUUUUUGGACAGGCAGUGUUUAAUAGCCCUAUAAGGUACAGUCAAUUCCAGCCAUUUUCAGUACAAAAAAUCGCUAAUAUUCUAUUUGUAAAUGAAAAUAUGACGAGAAAUACAGGGAAUACUGGACGCGCAUCGCGAGGUGCAUUUCCUUGAAAACGACCGAUUCGUGGAUUUUAUACCGACUUCAAGACAUGUUUUGGAAAAAAUAUUUUACUGGCUUGUUUCGUCUGGAUGUAAAAGGUUGGAUUAUGGCCGUUUUUUGUGGAAUAUUUUCAUCUGUGUGUAAUAAUGAACCCACAAAUGUCAGUCGUGCUGUGUGCGUUGAAGCCGUGUACAGAGAAAGGAUGGAUGGAUAUUUGUUGUUUGUCGGACAAAUGUGUUUUUCUCACCCGCUGUGGUAAUCGCAUCUGAAAGUGGUUUAUACCGGCGGAUUCAUGAGAAUCUAAGCUUUCCAUCGGCGUAUACUGUUUGUAUAAUCACGUUUGCAGCUUCAGAUAUUUAAGGAAAUGCUUAUGCAGAUCUCAAAGUGUUCCGCGGGCGGGACACUGAAGCGCAACGGGUUAAGUAAAUUCUUGCUUGUUGUUUUUUUUUUUUUGUUUGCUUGAUUGUUUCGUGUCCGGUUUGCGUCUUUUUUUUUCUUCAGAGAUACAGACAGAUCUCCUCGGCAGCACUAAUGCUUCACUAAGUGUUGGUUAAACUUAGAAACAGAGUUCGUCUAGCGGUGAGUCGAGCUACUUUCAGCCGCAUCUUUGAGGAAUUCUUGCUUUAAAGGGAAGUGAAACGACUGUGGUUCUUAUGGCAUCAUGAAACCAAACAAAAGCACACUCACUUCAAUGUUUUACCUUAAUUAUAUUCCAGAUUAGUCUGGUAUAACUGACAGUGUAUUAUAUUAAUAUUCAGUCAUUUUAAUGAACUUAAUUAUUAUAAUUACUGAUGGUUAAAUAUGUGACCUGUAUGAGGAUGAGCUAAAUCAUUCGUUUUUGUGCAGGAUUCCUUUUAUUUAUUAAAAAAAUAGAUGGAUUUUAAAAGGAUGUAGAUUUUUCAACAACAAAAAAAAAAGAUCUUGUUAUUAGCUGAUGCACAUCGUGGAAUUUUAUUAUUAUUUUUAUUUAUUUAUUCACUAUUUAAAGUAAAU